CCAGACCAUAACUAAUCAUAAGAACUGCAUCAAGUGCAGACACAUGAAUCCACGAAUGAUUCAUUAAUUGUCUUUUUGAAGAUUGGUGUUUCCCUUUAAGAACCAAAGUAGCACCAUGCAUCAGCUUUCAUCAAUGCACUUGUCUUUCCUCACGCGGCUGCUCUCAAACGGAUCUCAUGCAUCUCAGACCAGCCCCGUGCACGCGAGCAAAGGCACACCGCUCUGGCGGAGUCCUAACCAGAGACUGGAAUCGCGGUGUAAUCAAGAAAGGAGGCGGUAAACCAUCUCCGGUAUAACGAUGGAACUGUAAAAUAAAUACGGAAGGGGGGAACAGGCUGGCCGUCACUGCAGAGCUGAAGCUGCAGAGUGAGAGAGAGACACAGAGAAAUAGGAAAAGAGAGGGCGAGAGAGGCUGUCUGGCUCCAUGUCUGCCCCUGCGCCUUCCACCCGGAGGUCUGUGUCAGGCUCACGCAGAUUCAACCCUCUGAAGGCUCUGCAGCCCAAACGGCGCUUGCAGCAAAUGCUGCCGUCCUCCUCCUCGCCCGUGCCUGUACCCGUGCCCGCGCCCCCUGCGUUUGACUAUUGCAGGUUCAUAGAGCUAGACUACAUUCCAAUGGAGACAGACUAUAUGGUUUCAAUGCGCCCAACGGAUCGAGGAUAUCUCACUACCAAGUCUCCGGAGCGGCACUGUCGAAGGACAGCUGCCCCAGUCAGCAACAGAGAUCCCUAUGGCAACGCCUCUCUCAGCAGCAGCAGCACUAACUCUGGCUCCUGCAAGGGCAGUGAUUGCAGCCCCACCAAGGGGCGUCACAUGAAGGCAUACGCCUCAUGUACAGAUAACCAUGGCAUCCGCCCACCUCCCCCAGAGCAGUACCUCACACCCCUGCAGCAGAAGGAGGUGUGUAUCAGACACCUGCGGGCCCGCCUCAAGGAGUCAGUCGACAGGCUGCAGGACAGGGACUCUGAGAUCGAUGCGUUGAAGACCCAGCUGUGUCGGAUGCAGGAGGACUGGGUUGAAGAGGAGUGUCACCGCGUGGAGGCCCAGCUGGCUCUGAAAGAGGCGCACAGGGAGAUCCAGCAGCUCAAGGAAGUGGUGGACGUAGUGCGCACCAACCUCAGCUCCAGUGACUCCACCGACACCGGUAUCCAGAAAUACUUCCAGGACAUCAACGUCCAGAACCACAAGCUGGAGACCCUGCUGCUCAGCAUGGAGCUGGCUCAGAACGGGGUGGCCAAGGAGCAGGAGGCUGCUGCAGCAAGAGGAGUGGCAGGGGGGUCCCGGGCUGGGAGGCCUGGGACUGCGGGAUCAUGGCCUGGGAGUAGUCCCGCUGCAUCAGGGACUGGAGGGGGUGGCUCCAAGAGUCUGUGUGGGUCCUGUGACGGCUCCCCCGCCCGUUCUCUGACCCAUAGCUCUACCUACACCAAGCUAAGCGACCAUGCGCUGGGGGAUAAGAACGGGAAUGGCCUGUCAGGGGAGGAGAACCAUGACAGCGGCUUUGUGUGCUGUGGGGAGAGUCACAGUGCAGCCAGCAGUCACAGGGCAGACUUACUCCUGGAGGCAGCCUUCCUAUCUGAGGAGACAGCCUCACUGCUCAGCACCUACUCCCACUUGUCACCCUCCUCCACCUACGAGAAGCUGUGCACCGGGCAGGACAGGGUGGUGCCCCUGCGCUGUGCCAUGGGUGGGACGGGCAGCACCAACCACUCCUGUCUUUCCCACCACCACCUGUACCUGCACCACCUCAGGGAGCAGGCCGUCCAGACAGAGAGCUGCCCCGUCCCGGUGGGGUUGGGCUAUGCCUCUGACCUGGACACCAUCGCCGAGCGAACCUUCCGCUCUCAGGCCUGCAGCCCCACCUCCACCUGGGUCUCAGACGAGGGAGACGACCUAGACUCGGUUACCAUGACGUCAGUCACCAUGACAACCCUCACAGCUACAACAGCUGAGCCCGCUCCUGGUACUCCUUUACCUAGCUCUGCCUCUGUCUCCUGUGCAGUGGAUAUGGCCUCCCUACCAGUGAAGGACGAUGGGAAGAUGGUGGGAGAGUUGGAGAGGCAUAUAGAGGUAGUGGUGGAGGGCGCAGUGGGGAUGGUAGAGGUAGGCAAGCAGCAGGAGGAGGUGGGGUUGGUACAGUUGUGUAAGCAGGAGGAGGUAAAGGUGCUGGGGUUGGUGGGGGAGGGGAAGCAGAGGGAAGUCAGGGAGUUAGAUCUAUAUAAUCAGAGGGAGGAGGUUUUGGAGGUGAAGAAUCAGAGAGAGGAGGUGAGGUCAGUGGAGGAGCGGCCCCACACCUCCCAGCCCAGGAGCAGCUCGCUACAGAAGAUAGCUGGGGUGACAGUGGUGGAGGUUGAUGAUGAUGAUGAUGAUGAAGAGGCUGAGGUUCAGGGAGCAGUAGGGGGGGCAGAGGAGUCUACCUCUUCUGAGUCUGGACCCGCAGUGAAGAGCUACUGGAGCCGCCACUUCCUGGUGGACCUGCUGGCAGUGGCAGUGCCUGUGGUUCCCACGGUGGCAUGGCUGUGCCAGGGGGCACGGCGCGAUGGACUGCCAAUUUACCACUUCGGCUCACUGCUGCGUGGCUGCUGCACAGUGGCCCUCUCCUCCCUGCGCAGGGGCGGGGGAGUCAGGCACUACCCCGCGGGCACAGGUGGGGGAGCCAUGGGGGGCACAGAGAUCUGAGACAGGCCCCAUGACAGCAUGGGAACUGCACACACACAGCACUGCCCUCUCUGGUCCUGGGUCCUGGGUUUGUUCUCGUCCUCCACCUGAAGUACUGGGUAAAGAAAGGAGGGGAGCGAUGAUUUUGAAUAAAUUAUUCUGAAGACAGGACAGCCCCAGCAAACCAUAUAACCCUCUCUGGUGGUGGCCUCUUCCACUUCUGCUAGACUGAGAAGGGACACCAGGAUGUGUUGAACUGACACUAAAUGGUAGAACUGAACGAUUCAAUGGAUACUGAAUGACCUGAGUGUGACUGAUGGUGAUUGUAACCACUCUCUCUUGUGUGCAGGGAGACUGAAAGGUCUGUAUGUCACUGUGGCUCUCUUUAUUGGUCCAGUUCCAUUUUGACUCGUGUGUGUGUGAUCACACGACAUGUGUGUUGUGAGUGUGCAGCAUGUGUGUUCUUCUCUGUGUUGUAUUGCGUUGUGUAGCCAAAGCACAUAGAUGUCUAGAGGCAAUCGCAGCCAUAGCUGUGCAGUAGUUGGUAUGCUCAUUUACGAGUGAAUGACGAGUCUUGACACAUGGCAGUUACCACCUAAAGGUACCAGGCAAGCUGCUGCUGUACAUUUCUGCUUCCUUUCACUGGUGUCCUAGAUUAACAAUCACUCUUGUAGCAUUAAGUCCAUGUCCAUCGUCCAAGAGUUAGUCAUUCCAGAUCCAUGAACCAGAAACAUCUCAAGAAGGAAGCAAAUAGAGAUAUAAUAAUUGAAACUAAGUUUCUUUUUCCUUCAAAAAUAGGAAAGGGAUUAUGGACUUUGAGGAUUGUGAUGGUAAUUUCUUGUUAUUGGGGUGUUUGCAGUGUUAUGCCUGAGUUGGAAGAAUCUGAGUGUCUUAUUGUUUUGGGCUGUAAUGGAUGUAGUCAUUGAUGUGUAAUAGUUGAAAGGCUGAGCAAGGUCUGUACUGUAAUGUUUAAAUAUAAGUCUUUGUUAGCAAUUUCUGAGCCAAACAAGUGCUAGCUGAUGUCCACAAGAUUGAUGCGACCAACAAGAACAGUCUUUUUGAGUUGAAGUAUAUUGAGUUCUUUAGAGAAGAAACAGGAUAUAUCUUAUUUCUUUAGUAAUUUCUUAACAAUGUUUUGCACUAUUAUUCACUUUAUGAGGUUAAGCAAUUACUUGAAGUCAAGUUUGUGUAUUAACGAAGUCGAAUGCGGCCACAGUUUUGCUUCUGAGGCUUUUUUGUGUUCAAUAUACUUUCUAACAGAUAUAACUGUAUACUAGAAUAUGUUUCAAAGGAAAGGUGCAAUUUUCCUUUGAACACUGAAAACUGUUGCCUUCCGUCCAUAACUUUAUUUUCCUGUACAGUGUUUUAGCCAUAGGGAAUAUGUUUCUCAAAAUGUGUUGCUGCUUUCUGGAAUGUGCGCUGGAUGUGCAUUUGUGGUGUUGUUUCUCUAUUCCUCUUCAUUUCUGCUGUUUGACAAUCCCUUCUGUGUGUGUUUUUGCUUAUUUAACCUCUUCACAAUGACUUCCAGCACCUAUGAAUAGUGAAACACACGAGCAGCACUGACAAAAUAGAUUGAGUGGUGAAUUAAUGAAAUGCUUGGAGUUGUCUUACACACCUUUCACUGUUGUCAUGUGCUUUAGAUUUGAACACUUUCCACAACCCUGUUGGAAUUUGUAAAGUGUCUUGAUAUUGUGCGUUGCUGUAGUUCUUCCCCUUCAUGUUUCAUCAUCAUGACCUGUGAAUGGUCCCCCUGCCGUUUAUAAAGCCUGCUUGGUGUAAGUGGUUCAGGAAGCCGCUGCAUUUUUUAUUAAAAGCCAUACUCCUUCCUGUAAGGUGAAUGUGUUUGAGAAUGUCUCUAGCAGAAACACAAUGAUGAAAAUAGAGUGUGAUUGAUAUUCAUAUUGAUAUGCAUUUAUAGAUGACUCACCUGAAGUCUCCCCAACAGUACAUGGCGUGUAGAUCCCCCCCCCCCUGUUUGUGGCAGACCCUUUUUGAUGUUUUGGCCAAUAAUUGGAAAAACAUCUGAUCUGAUUGGUCAAAUUACAAAUUAGUGGCAAUAUAUCAGAAUUUGGCUACAUGUGUAAACAAAGCCAUUGCUUGUUAAACCUGUACUGGACUAUUUUAUAUUUCUCAAGCAAUUUCAUUGGUGUUUGAACAGUAAAACAACACCCCUUCAUUAUGUACCUCUACGCACAACAAAACAGUAAUGUGUAAUGUGUGAUGUUAAGUGAAUUACUAAAGGCUAACGGGUCAAUCUUAUGUUAUAGUUACCGUAUGCUAAUUGUUUGUUAUUGCCCCAUGUCUUUGUAUUUUCCUGGGUUUUGAAGCAUAACUAGAUUUCUGGUGUUCUGGUCUUGCCACCAUAGUACUUUAACAAGCCCAGCUCUCUCCAUCGGAUGCUUGAUUUGAUUUGGUAAUGCACUGCUAUGAUGUUAAAGUGUAUCUGUCUUUUGGGAUAAUUCCCUUUCCCCAAAGUGUACUAUUUUUGUGUGAAAUGCUUUAAGCAUCUACAAAGAGGAUCAGGGUGAUGGGUUUAUUUAUAGCUCAAAAGAACUACCCAAAUCACAUUGGGCGUCAUUGGACUUUGAGUUUGGACAUAUCUGUAGGUCAUUGGAGCUUACGCUAGGUCAUAUCUGUAGGUCAUUGGGAGUCAUUGGAGCUUACUCUAGGUCAUAUCUGUAGGUCAUUGGGAGUCAUUGGAGCUUACGCUAGGUCACUAGACCUCGCAUUUGGACAUACCUGUAAGUCAUUGCUAUAUAUAUAUAGCAUAAAAAGGUAGUCUAGAGUGUUUUGUUUGGAAAGCAGUGUUUUAACAGGGUUGUUACUGUAUCCUACAUCCAUGUCACUCAUCUUUAUUUUACAAUGUGAUUGGAAGAUAUCGUAGUACCUCAGAAAUAGUUUUUUAUACAUUCAGUCCAAGGAGACCUGGUGCACUGUAUUGUUGGUCAGAGGUUGUGACAGUACAUGUGCAUUAAUUUGGGAUGUGUUAGGAUAUAGUCAUGUGAGAUUGUGUGGGUUUCUCUGGGAUAUACAGUACAAUCUUGGUGGAAAUCAUGACGUUUUCUCUGAGGGUAUUGUAUUGAAUGUGCAGUAUCAUAUUUUUUGUUUGUCUAAUUGUCAGAUAAUGUUGGAUGUAAAGGGAUCUAUAUCAAAGAUGGUUAUGAGACAUAUCUUUACCUGAAGGACAUUUUCCCUCCUAAAUGCCUUGUAUGGGGAUCAAGUAGCCAUCAUUAUUAAUAGCUAUAGAUCAAUUAUCUUAAUGGCAAUAGUGUGUACAGUGCAGACAUCACAGUUCAUGAGUACAAAUGCAUUUUCACUCCCACCAUACUGUAUAAAGCAAAACCAAAAGGCCCCAUAUUAAAGUGCAUGAUGUAAAACUGA